AUGGCUUCCAGAUUUGCCCAUUCCUCCCUACACCAGCGCGACCCGCGCAGCGACCUCUUUAAGGGCUACUCCGGCUCCAGCACUGCAGAGCGCCGCUCAGCCAACGCUAGCCCAGCCCGCUAUGGUGGCGGUGGGUAUGGGUACGGAGGCGGCGGCGGCGGGGGUUCGUACAACGGUAGUUACAACGGGAGCUCGUCGACGUUAGGUGUGGAGAGGGGCGGGUUCAGGUCUGCGACGCCGAAUUCAAAGGGCCAGUAUAGCGACGCAGUGCUUAACGAGCUCGAGAGCCAGAACGACGAGCAGGUGGAGGGGAUAAUGGGUAAAGUCAGGAUUUUAAAGGAUAUGACAGUAGCAAUCGGCGACGAAAUCCGAGACUCCUCCGCCCUUGCCGAAAAGAUGAACGAAUCGUUCGACCAGACCCGCCUCAGACUCCGCGGCACCAUGAACCGGAUGCUCAUCAUGGCGCAAAAGACCAACGUCGGGUGGAGGGUGUGGCUUGCCUUCUUCGCUGCUGUGGUGCUCCUCUUUUUCUACGUGAGGUAUCUCUAA